AUGACUGAUAUUUGUAUGUUGAAAACCAUGGAUUCAAGAAAUACGAACGAGGCGAAGCAGGAGCCAAAAACGAUGGUGUGGUGGGACAUCAACAGCUGUCCGGUUCCCGAUGGUUAUGAUGCUAGAAUGGUCGCUCACUCUAUAGAAUCGGAGUUGAAGAAGGCAGGCUACCCUGGUCCUCUCACAAUCACUGCCAUUGGCUACCUUAACACUCCUCUUAUGUGUAUGUAG